AUGCACGAUCAUUCAUAUUUUAGUUAUGCUGAUGAUCGGAAUGUUCGGUUAGUGGAAAAUGGUCCAUCUUGUCAUGCAAAAAACCCGAAAAAAACUAUUGAGAAAGCUACCAACAUUGCUCAGAAAGCUGCAGAGGAAGCUAAAGCUGCCUCAGAAGCUCAAAAUAUGGCUGGUCAGCAAGCAGCACAUCAAGUGAAAGCACAAUUGGCAGAGAAGGCAUUGCAAGCUGCAAGAGCUGCUGAAGCAGCAUUGUCAGGGAAAGAAGCAAUAGUUCAGCAAUUAGAAGAAGAAGUGAGGGAAUCCGAAACGGUAGUUGAAGAAGAAAUGGGGUCUUUACAACAAGCGAAAUCUAACGUUAAUGCUGCUAUUGAAGCCGCUAAAGAGUCACAAGAUCAGCUGAAGACACUCACACGUGCGAUGCAAACGGCAAAGGGAAAUGCAGCGAAUUCCAAAAUGGCGGCUGAUGGUGCACAAAGAUCACUACAUGAGAAAGAAGAAUUACUCGAGGCGGCAAAAAGACGUCUCGAGGAACUGACCAGCGAAUUACGAGCUGCUAAACAAGAUUUAGCGAAUACAAAUCGCGCUGCGGCCCAAGCAAAUGAGGCUGCUCACGAAGCAAAGGCCAACGCAGGCCGCAACAAAAGGAAGUCGUUGUUACGCUCGAGAUCCUCCGAGAGUUCAAACCGGAAGUAUCGACAAACUGGAAAAAAUAAAAUAGAAAGGAAAAGAAGAAGAAGAAGAAAGAGAAGGAAAUUAGAUGUGAUUCCAAAAAAUUCACAUCAAAUCGUCGGUAUCGCUCAAAAAGCUGCAGAGGAUGCCAAAGCUGCACAGGAUGCACAAAAUCCUGCGGGUGCACAAGCAUCUCGUCAAGUAAAAAGUCAGCUAGCAAGUAAAGCGAUGCAAGCAGCGAAAGCAGCAGAUGCAGCACUUGCUGCGAAAGAAGCAAUAGUGGAGCAACUCGAACGAGAGGCAAAGGAAACAGAGACUGUAAUCCAGGAAGAAAGUUCAUCACUCCAACUUACUCAAGAAAACGCGAAUUCUGCUAUGAAAGCAGCAAGACAGGCUCAAGAGCAGAUCAAGACGAUAGCACAAGCGAUACAAAUAGCGAAUGUGAAUAUGGGAAAUGCACGAACAACCGCUGAAGGUGCAAAAAGGGAGCUUGAGGAAAAAGAAGAUCUACUGGAGGCAUCCAAAGAAAGGGUGGAAGAACUAGUGAAGCGAUUGCAAACGGCAAAAGCCGAACUGGCGGAGACGAAGCGAGCAGCCGACAUGGCAACCGAGGCUGCACGACAGGCUAAGAUUAAUACGGAUAGAAACAGACGUGGAAAGAACUUUUUUUAA